CACAAACCAAAGCCCACGAACAAGGAGUAGCCAAUGGAUCCGGCCAAAUUGAAAGAAAUAGUUUUGAACGCAAAGCAACCGUAUGUGCUGCACAACGUAAAUCCUCAAUGGUGCUGCUUUCAACAAACAUUCGACGAGUGGUGUAAAUCAUUCGACGAUGUACACCAAGAUUCCGUACCAUUCGAUGAAUGCUCGGUGAAGGGCGGUAUUUACCCACAAUGGGAAUCUCAACGAACGAGGAGGGAGAUGAAAAUGGGUGACAUUUGCAGAAGAGAUACGCACCAUAAAACUGAACGAUGGAAUUCCUUCAGUUAUCGUAAUAUCGCACUGCUACCAGAACCCUGUCGUAAGGGAAUCAAUUUUGCAUACUUCGGGUUUCCGGAGGUUGAAGACGACAUAACUUUUUGGAUUGGAUCGGCACAGGCCCACACUCCCUGCCACUACGAUACGUAUGGGUGCAACAUUGUGAUGCAAAUUUUUGGACGCAAAUCUUGGACACUGUUGCCUCCGACAGCAAAGCUAACUCCAGUGCGGGUCCCAUUUGAAGAAUCAAGUGUGUAUUGUGAGGAAAAUUUUUACAGUCCCGCAUCUUACAGCCCGUUUGCGAAGGUGGAGAAUGACGUGUAUCAUACGGUGUUGGAGCCCGGAAUGGCAUUGAUUGUACCUCCGAAAUGGUGGCACUACGUGGAAACGUUAGAGCCAGCUCUUAAUUUCAACACGUGGCUUAGUUUGGAAACGGAUGUCGAUUCUCUUAUCUCGGAAUGCAUCACCAAGCUAUUGCUUCAAGAUUUGUGUGACGGGGUGGCCGACAAUAUUAAGAGUCAUAUUAUAAACCCGAAUGAGGACCUAUUAACUUCAACAAGCAGCAUGAGGCAAUCGUACGAUAUUUUGAACUAUUUGCUUGAUCAAAAGCGUAACAACAAACAGCAAUGUACAGAGCCAAAGCGUUAUCCUAGUAACUACCUAUCCAACGAUGCCUUCGAAAGAUUAAUAGAAGAAUGUAAAUACUUUAUUCAGCCGGUUGAAAAGCUACAGCAAUGUGGAUUUUUUGACAUUAUCAGUACCAAUCAUUCUCGAUACGAUUCAUCUCAAAAUGAUGGUUACUUCGCAGGGUUAACCCCUGACGAAACUGAGCUAGUGGCUAGAUUACGAAAGUUGGUAAACAUGUCUUGUAAAAGCGAUGUAGUGAAGUUAAUAGAAAAUGUCUUGUUGGAAAAUAGAAGUUGA